GGGGGAGGGAAGACGGAAAAGGAAAGGUAAGGGGAGCUGAGUUCUAUAUAAAGGGAGUGGUGAUCAAGGUUUUGUCCUAAAGGGUUUUUAGGAGGUAUCGUAGGAGCUGACAGACUACUGUGGAGCUGACCUCUUCCAGCUGGAUAUGACAGACCGAAGCCCGGAUCUGGUGUACCUGGUGACAGGGGGCUGUGGCUUUUUAGGGGAGCAUGUGGUUAGGACCCUGCUGGUGAUGGAGCCCCAGCUCAGAGAGCUGCGGGUGUUUGACCUUCACCUGGGGCCCUGGCUGGAGACGCUAAACCCAGGGCCUGUGCAGGUGACCCCCAUCCAGGGGGAUGUGACUCGUGUAGAUGAUGUGGUGGCAGCUGUGGCUGGAGCAGAUGUAGUCAUUCACACGGCGGGGCUGGUGGAUGUGUGGGGACAGGUGGACCCUGAGGUCAUCCACAGGGUUAAUGUUCAGGGGACUCAGAAUGUGAUUGAAGCCUGUGUGCAGACUGGAACUCGGUUCCUGGUGUACACUAGCAGCAUGGAGGCCCUGGGGCCCAACAGCAAGGGACACCCCUUCUACCGGAGCAAUGAGGACACCCCCUAUGAGGCAAUACAUACAGAACCCUAUCCCCGAAGCAAGGCCCAGGCAGAGAGGCUAGUCCUUGAGGCCAACGAGAGAAAGGUCCGGGGUGGACUUCCCUUGGUGACAUGUGCUCUACGUCCCACUGGGAUCUAUGGUGAAGGUCACCAGCUCAUGCUGGAUUUUUACAGCCAGGCCCAGCGCACUGGUGGAUGGCUUUUCAGGGCCAUCCCUCCCUCUGUGGAACAUGGCCGAGUUUAUGCAGGCAAUGUCGCUUGGAUGCAUGUGCUAGCAGCUAGGGAGCUAGGUUCCCGAGCCACCACAAUGGGUGGGCAAGUCUACUUCUGCUAUGAUGACUCCCCUUACAAGAGCUAUGAGGACUUCAACAUGGAAAUCCUGGGCCCCUGUGGCAUUCGACUCCUGGGAGCUCGGCCCCUUCUCCCCUACUUCCUGCUAUUCCUCCUAGCCACCCUUAAUGCUUUCUUGCAGUGGCUGCUCAGGCCUUUCGUGGUCUAUGCACCUUUGUUGAACCCCUACACUCUAGCUUUGGCAAACACCACUUUCACUGUGCACACGGACAAGGCCCAGAGGCAUUUUGGCUAUCAGCCCCUCUAUGGCUGGGAGGACAGUAGAGACCGAACUGUUUCCUGGGUGAAGACCAGAAAGGGGCAUCCUGGUCCCCUUACCCAUGACCAGGCCAGGGAGGUAGGAGAUCCUGGGUCCUAGAUUCCAUGCUCUGAUCUCAGCCAGGGGCUCUCCUCAUCUAGUAACUGAGCCCUAAGUCAAAGUUAUCCUGGUUUCCCAUAAAUGAUCCUAUCCAGGGGACUUUUCACCUAAGAACCAAACUGUGUUCAGAGGUGGGGCAAGUUUCACAUUUUUAGAUUCUUUUCUCUAACUCUACUGAGGGAAAUUCCACAAAUGUUCCUAGUGACCAGGGCCGGGAAGAGGUAGGUCUGGGUGAUGUCAUUCUCUGACACCCCCCCCCCCAAUCCAAAGGAUCCCUAUCCCUCUUCUGCCCGUGAAAAGAUGGGACCUUGGGGAGGUGUCCCUAGAUUCUAGACUACGUUCAGUAGUCUCCCCUCUGCCCUUGUACCACUCCCCCUCCCCCCAGCAGCUCCCUAGAUUCCUAAAAGAGCACCCACGGUUCUAGAGAUGGCCUCCUAACCCUAACCAGAAACUCCCGGGCUUGCCUGAGAACUCAAGACCCAGAGCGAUCUAUUGUGCAGUUUGCUACCAUGUUCUCCUGCUGGAACGCCCCCCGCCCCCGCCAAGACUGGUUCGGCUUGCCAUCCUUACUUAUUAGCCCAACAUCGACCUCCCCGAGCACUUUGAUAUUAAACCUAUUUGCCUUUC